UUCAUUUCCUUUCUUUCUUUUUCUGGGUCAAUUUUAUCUUCUCUGUGCUUUUUGGUGAAGCGGUGUUAGUUCUAUUGCUAAGUUAAAGUCAUUCCUGGUAGCACAGUAGAUUUAUUUCUUCAAAAUUAAAUAUCGUACUGUCUAUGCACUCACUGACUUGCGUUUAGUUUAGUUCGUGGGAAAGUUGAUUCAUUUCCUUCUAUUAAUCAGUAAUGUUUUCUUUGUUGGGCUUGCAUAUAACUUGCUACCUUUUCAUGUUUUGAUUCAGGGUUUUAAGGUAACUGUAAUAAUGAUGUGUAUUUUAGUUUGAAGUAAUCAAAGUGAGUUAUGAAUGAAAUGGGUGUUUCUCCCGCCCGGAGAUUACAUCAUGUCGCGAUUUGGCGGCUCUUAAUUGUUGGUGUGUUCGUUGCUGUGAUAGUUUCUUUCCAAUGUUAUUGGACAAAAUAUUCUCUGUUGGAUGCUGAUAGGAGCUCAAUAGCUCUGCCUAUUGAAGUUUCCAUUGCUGCAAAGGAUGUGUCCAAAGAACAUGCUUAUGAGAAAGGAUCAGAUUUGGACCAUGAAUUGGAAUCUGAUGGAGGCGAAAAUUCAAGAAAGGGAGAAAUUCUCAGUAAGAAAUUUCAAGUGGAAAAUCAUGAAGAUGCAAGUUACAGUUCCACUCAGAAAAGACCCAAGUUUGAGCAUGAUCCCACACAGAAGGAUAGAGAAAAGGUUAACAGACACAAUAUACAAUACCCUUUAAAUAGCAUACAAUUUACAUCACAAGGGGUUUCUUCAAAGGGCAUACAAAUUCUGGAUUCAGAUUUGAGCAAUUCUGAUCUGCUACUUGCUGUGAAAAAAACUUCAAAUGGCAGUGGAAUACAAAGUGCCGCAGUAGAACCUCAAAAUGAGAAACCACAGCUGUUGAAAGCUCCCUUGUCCAUACUGAAUAAUGAAUCUGAGAUGGGUACUUCAUCCGUGAGGAAUAAGUUGGUGCGGCCAGCUUCAAUAACAAGGAUGAACUCUUUGCUGCUUCACAGUUUUAAUUCUUCUUCUUCUUCUAUGAGGCCGAGAUGGUCUUCCCGACGUGACAGUGAACUCUUAUCUGCCAAAGCGGAGAUUGAAAAUUCCCGAGUCAUAUCGAAUUCUUCAGGACUUUAUGCACCUAUUUUCCGGGAUGUUUCCAAAUUUUCAAGGAGUUAUGGACUGAUGGAGCGCAAGCUCAAAGUUUAUAUUUAUAGAGAAGGAGAAAAACCUAUAUUUCAUCAACCAAAGAUGAGAGGACUUUAUGCCUCAGAAGGGUGGUUUAUGAAAUUGAUGGAGGGAAAUAAAAGGUUCAUUGUGAAGGAUCCCCGAAAAGCUCAUUUGUUUUACCUGCCAUUCAGUUCACAAAUAUUAAGAGUCGCUCUUUCUGAUAAUAAGCUGAUGGAGCAAUACCUUGAGAGAUAUGUGAACCUAAUUGCAGGAAGAUAUCGUUUCUGGAACAGAACCGGUGGAGCAGACCAUUUUCUUGUUGCCUGUCACGAUUGGGCCGACCGAAUUACAAGGCAACCAAUGAAAAGUUGUAUUAGGUCUCUCUGCAAUGCCAAUGUUGCCAAAGGCUUCCAAAUAGGCAAGGACACUACUCUACCAACAACAUAUAUACACUCCGCGAUGGAUCCACUAACAACAAUUGCAAGGAAACCUCCUGCAGAAAGGUCUAUUCUGGCCUUCUUCGCAGGAGGCAUGCACGGUUAUCUCCGCCCAGUCCUGCUAAAACACUGGGAGAAUAAAGAACCUGACAUGAAAAUUUUCGGUCAAAUGCCCCGUGAUGUGGAAGGUAAAAAAUUUUACAUGGAAUACAUGAAUAGCAGCAGGUAUUGCAUAUGUGCUAGAGGCUAUGAGGUUCACAGCCCAAGAAUAGUUGAGGCCAUUUUUUCUGAGUGUGUGCCAGUCAUCAUAUCAGAUAACUAUGUGCCUCCUUUUUUUGAGGUACUGAAGUGGGAAGCAUUUUCUGUUAUUGUUCGGGAGAGGGAUAUCCCUAGCCUUAGAAGCAUACUCCUCUCAAUCCCAGAAGAGAAGUACUUGGAACUGCAUUUGGGAGUAAAGAACGUUCGGCAGCAUUUCCUGUGGAACAAAGUUGCUGUUAAGUAUGACUUAUUUCAUAUGAUUCUUCAUGCUGUAUGGAACAAUAGACUUUCUCAGAUUAGACCCAGAUGAUGAUAUCAUUGUUGCCAAUAAGAUCAAGUUGUUGGUGUGGGAUCAAAACUAGUAAAACUCAGCUACAUGGACAGAACAGAACAACUGGAAAGUAAAAUCCCCUUCUCUUAUACCAGUAUGUUAAAGACUUGUAAACAUGAGCUAUAUGGUGGAUUACCCUGGUGAACUUGACCCUCUCUUGUAUCAUCAUUCUGAUCUAACUGUACUUUGAUAUUUGUAAACUAGUCAAGAUUAGUCCAAGAGUAAUAAUAGAUGGUCUUUUGAACUCUUGUGUAGAUAAAAAAAAAUCUGAAGACAUUUGAGGUGAACCUUCAUUCUCAGAGUUUUAAGCAUUCAUGAGGAAAACUGUAUAGUAAUUUGUUACAAAAUGAUUUUUUAUUUAUUCUCAUUACCA